AUGUCACUCAUACGGCCCCAAUUGCGGGCGCGACUUCUGCCUAUCUCUACUUCACUUUAUCGGCAAGCCAACCCGGGCAAAUUACGAUGGCAAAGCCAACAACAAGUUUCGUCGAAGGAGGCUCCUAGAGACGCAGAUCCAGCAGAUCCUCCAGCUACACGAGCUGGAGACUCGGACAUGAUCAGACGGGAAGAUGCAGGAGCCGCAUUGGUUGACCAUCAGCCAGAUUAUCACACCCCAAUUGAUCAUGGGACUUCUGAAGAAGGAGAUAUUACACCCGCUGCAGUGUUGUCCGGCGCCCCCGUCGAUCUUCAAGCACGCACAAGCCGCUUAUUCGAGGACAGAAUAUACAAGCCGGCAAAAACCGCGACACAAUCAGGUGACUGGCAUGGCCAUCACUGGCGAAUGGAUUGGGACCUUCUGCAAAAGGGCCACCGAUGGGAAAAUCCACUUAUGGGAUGGCAAUCCUCGGCCGAUUACCUGCAAGGAACACAUCUGACUUUCAACCAUAAAGAAGAUGCCAUACGGUUUGCUCAAAAACAAGGCUACGAGUAUUUUGUUCAAGAGCCGAAUGAAAGAAAGUUGGUCCCUAAGGCGUAUGCCAACAACUUCCUGCAUAGCCCGAAGAGGUUGAAAAAAGUAGGUGAAAAUCAGAAAGCAUUCCAUGGUUUGAGAGGCGCAACGCUAACAUCGCUUGCACUCAGAUCCCAACAAAGUAAUGACAGGCGACGGUAG